CGGAAAUAAAUUGGGCUUAAAGGCUAAAAUGUCUGGCAACGUUUCUGUAACUGAGCAACUGUAAACAAUAUGGAGUACACGGGUAGCAGCUAUGAGGGGGACCACAACAAUGGACGAAUGGAAGGAAAUGGCAAGUAUACCUUUCCAACUGAUACAAAAUAUGAUGGUGAAAUGAAGGAUGGAAUGUUCCAUGGAAAAGGCACGUUAUUCUUUCCCAAUGGAAGCAAGUAUGAGGCAACAUGGGAAAAUGGGAUUGCAGUGGAGGGAAAGUAUACGUUUGUUGAUGGCUUGCAGUAUGAUGAACCUGAAUGGCUGUACUGUGAUGGUUAUGAUCGACGGUUCUACACAGAAAUAUGCAAAGGCCUAAAACCAGCAGGGCGGUCUCAGUUGACGGACCAUGUACCACCGAAGGAGAUCCCUGAGGGAUGCUAUGACACUGGUGAUGGCUUUUAUAAUCCUAAUACAAGAGUCAUUGUAGAUUACAAUCACAAGUUUCUAAGGAAUGCUGAUGAUGAUGAACAUGCCUGGGUCAUUAGUACCUGUCGAAAGGGCUGGGAUGAAAUUGUCGGAUACCAACCCAAGCCUGGACAAGUUUAGCAAAUAGUUACUUUAAUUAUAAAUUUUGUACAUAAUUUUUAAAAUAUUAACUAAUUUUACUGAUCGAUAUUUGUAUAAUAUAACACAGUAUUUAAAUUUGAUCAUAUUUUGUAUGUACAUAUACAUUAUAGUACAAUUCACACGUGUAGUAGAAUAGUUCAAUCAAAAUGGUUCUACUAAAAUUAUGAAAAUUGACUGUGAAUGAUUUUUAUUUUUUUGUGUUGAGUAAUAUUUUAAAGCACCCAAGAGUUCAUAGAUAGAUGAAAUAUGAAGUACACAUUAAAUACAGUGGUUAAAUUUAUAACACCAUCUACUGACAUAUAAUCAACACAAUGUGAUACAAUACGAUACGAUUUAUUGGGUUCACUUUCAGAUCAGUGGCACCCAUCACUUUGAUGUUGAACCCAUUAACAAUAUAAAAUUAGAUUGGUAUUUUUGUUUGUUUGUUUAUUUGUUUUAUUAUAGACUGAAUGUCUUCAAAAGUUGAAAAGAACAUUUAUUUCUCAAAAAAUUGAUAAUACAAAAUAAAACACUUUCUUGAAAACAAGUUUGAGUGGCAAAAGCUUGUGGCUGGCUGCCCAAAACAAAAGGGACAGAACAAAAACAAAGCAAGAAACACAGGGGAAUGGACCUUUGCGCUAAAAUCUCGCCGUUUAGAAUAGCUGCUGAGGGCCCACACCAUAGACAUUUUUUUUUUGUAACAACACUAUAUCAAUACUAAAUGUUUGAUGAGGAGGGGACGUCGGCAGAACUUUGUCCAUUAUCCCGACUAAUAUAAUGUAUUAUAGGCAAAUAAUUCAGCCAUUCCAAAGUUGUUUCAACAGUUUUUAGAGUUGAAUGGAACUGUUAUGUAUGUCGUGUUUUCGUCAGUUCUUGUCCAUACAUUGAAUCAUAGAAUAAGGAGUUCAGGUCAUGCAUUUUAUAUUUUACAUUUGCGAUAAAAAGUUUUUGUUAAUAAGGUAUGUCCAUGCUAUUAAAUUUUAUUUGACAAAUUUGUGUGAUAUGCCCAUAUAUGUAAAUAAUGCUGUCAUAUUACACCCAAAUAUGGGCAUAUCACACCCAAAUAUGAGCAUAUCACAUAAAGUGUAUAAUGUGGAAAGAGCGUUAGGUAGUAGAGAUGGUUUGCCAUCCUGAAACUCCAAUCAGAGCACCUAUGGGUUUGGUGCCGUGCAACUUGCUUUUAAUGUAUAUAUCUGGCCAUAAGUGUUCCAUACCUGUGUCGCAAUUGACCCAUCAUACAAGCAUAAAUUAAGCAUGGUAUAGCAUGUGUACUCCAUAAAAUAUAUCCAUCAAUAAAAUGAUUAAAAUAAUUUUGCUCAUCACUGAUUGAUAUAA